AUGUUGAGCCUCAUUACUGUUCUUGGCUGGAAAUUAUAUCAAUAUGACUACGAGGUAGCCGUUGUUACUCUUGAUACUCCUCCAAAGUUUAACAACCAAUCAUUGUCACAAGUUCUUGAAAAUGUGAAUUUGACUAAUUACACUCUCUUCAAAAUCAACUACACACUUACACAGAGUGAUCUCCGUAGCAUCCCAUGUGCUAACCGAGGUGAACUCUAUGUAUAUCCAUAUGCAGCUCAAGACGUCAAAAUUCUUAACAAGAAUUUCAAUUGGGCAACAGUAUGUCCCAACAUAACAGAUGCUUUACACACUAUAGAACACAAUGACACCCCUAAGUUUUUAAUAGUCCCAUAUACUUCUCCAAAUACUGAUGCUGUUUAUUAUAACUACUGGGUACCAGCCGUCGCUAAUGCUUGGGUUCCUGUCCUCGUUCUUAUCUUAUUGUCCAUCUGGGCAACAGUGUCAUUUGCACAAAUUUCUGUCCAAACUAAAUUUGUCAAAAAGGAAUAA